GAACUCAGAUGAAUCAUGUUCAAGAUAAUGACAUCCUGCGGGCCUCAAGUAAAUACAGAUGAAACACGAAGGAAUGUGACCAUCAUCAUCAUCGGUCUGGAGAAUGCAGGCAAAACUGUGCUUACGGAGGCCUUCCGCAGACUACUUCCUAGCAAGAUAGACCGUUGUAUGAACUCUAAACUGACUACAGUUCUGCUAGAUGAAUAUGAAAUUGCUAUCUAUGACCUGAAUGGAGAUAUGAAGGGACGAGAAAUCUGGCCCGACUACUAUGCACAAGCACACGGGAUUGUUUUUGUCCUGGAUUCCAGCGACUUAGGAUGCAUGCAAGAAGUGAAGACCACUUUAUCAAAUCUUCUGUCUGAUGCAAGAGUGGCAGGAAAACCCAUCCUACUAUUGGCAAAUAAACAAGACCAGAAGAAUGUCCUCUCACCUGGUGAUAUUAUUAAAUAUCUGGAAGGGAUAAUGAAUGACAACAAGUUCAUUUGCCUUCUGGAACCCUGCUCAGCUAUCCAAAACCUCCAAAGAAGUAACCAUGAGCGCCUACUUGAAGGGCUGCGCUGGCUGGUAACUGCCACUCAGAAUAAACAGGAAGAGCUGUGUUCUCACCAACAAUCACUCACUUCAAGUAUCGCAAACCCCAAGGAGGACACCACAGGCACCAAGGAUGAAUGUGCAUCAGCCAGGUUCCCUACCAACGUAGAAAUGACGGAAGAAAAAGAAGAGCCCCGAGGAAAACAUUCCAUGGAAACUAGGCCUCUAAAGUCAAUCCUAAAGAAAGAAGGCUUAAGAUUAACACCUAAAAAGAAUGUAUCAGUGACAUUUGCCUUAGAUGAACCCAUGGAGGAAGGUGAAUGUUCUAAGGUAAAUGGAGCUCAAAACACUACUGAGCUUCACUACAACUAUAGAGCUGACUUUCACUUCCCAGAAACUUACACCAAUGAUGAAGAUGAUUACGAUGAUUGCGAUGAUUACGACGACUGUGAUGAUGACGACGAAGAUUUUUUUGAAGAGUACUAA